GUUCAAAGUGCAGGAGAAUCGUUUCUAUAAGACAAAAUAUAAUUGAGUAUAGAUACAUAUCUGCACUGUAAAUAAGGAGUAGAUAAUCAUUUUAGAUCAAGUCGGAGUUAGCUCGUUACUCCUGCCGAUCCUUAACUGAGAAAAAGAAUGGAACCGAUAAUCACAUACUAUAGUCGGCUUGAGGAGAAGAUACUGCAAAACAUCAAUCGCAAUGGUAUACGGUAUCGGCUUGCAAACAGUGGAUUAUGGCUAGGUGCUUUAGUCGGCUUGAGUGCAGCAGUUACGAUAUUGAAGGAAGAGAGCAGCUAUUCUGAGACAUGUCUUUUUGUAGGAACUACAGGUUUCGGUCUUGUCUUCUGUUCUUUAUGCCUUUACAUACGACUUUCAAUGAAUCAGGUUAUAGCGAAAGACUUUCAUGCCAUAUAUUUUUUGCCUGCGAUUAUAACAUCUAUGCUGUUUUUACUUGCUGCUAACAAAGGAUUAUUGACGAGUGUUGUAUGGGGCUUGACUGUUGGAAGUUUGGGCACAUGGGGCAUUCCACAAUUAAUGUCAGUUUUUCCAUACUGCUUUACUGUGGGAGAAGCAACAGCGGUUAUACAUAGUUUUAUUUUGUUUUUAAUGUCGGUUGUUACCAACUUACCCUUGCGGUAUCACCUACCUCCAAUUCACGACAGUGACAUAAGCACAGUUUUAUUGCAGGUUGUGAUAUUAUAUGUAGUAUCGGUAUGUUUUCUGUGUGGAUACUUUCCUAUUCUACAUAGCACGAGAUAUUUUUACUUAAUGAUAAUCAGCUUGUUGUGUUUUAUAAUUCUUCCAAUACUUUACAUUGUUCUUGAUCAAAAUCCAGUAACAUGGAUAAUUUCUUUUGCUUUUAAUAGUCACAAAAGAAUUGCAAUAUUCAUAUAUUGGGCAAUAUGUCUUCUGUUAAGUAUCUUAGCUAUAAUUUAUCAGAUAUUAUUAAACUCUCAAGCUACAAGUUCAACUAGAAAAAACUUCCAUAUAUUAGCUACAUUUGUAUAUAUUCCUGGCAUAAUUUAUGAUCCUUCACUAUUAUAUCUUGCCAGUGGCGUGAUGUUGGUACUAUUUAUUGCUCUUGAGGUAAUCAGAUUCUUCAAAAUCCCACCAUUAGGAGAAAUUUUACAGCAAGGCUUUCUUGCAUUUGCUGAUGGAAAAACCGAUUUUUUGCUUUCAUUAACGCCUAUAUAUCUAUUAUGUGGUUUGUCAUUUCCCCUUUGGAUGCCAACUAAUAAUUUACCACUACUGAUAUUACUUAGUGGUGUGCUGACAGUAGGAAUUGGUGACGCUGCUGCAAGUUUUGUUGGUAGUAAAUGGGGUUUACACAAAUGGGUCGAUACAAAGAAGACUGUCGAAGGCACCAUCGCAUGUGUAUUUUGCCAAAUUUGUGUAAUACUUAUGCUAACAUACUGUGGUUUUAUGGAUAAUUAUCAAUUACUAAUGAGAAGCAUUUUGGCGAUUGUAUUAAUAUCAUUGAUUGAGGCACGCACAAAUCAGGUGGACAAUCUGGCUUUGCCAUUAUUAAUGUAUGUGUUUUUGAUGGUAUAAAUGUAUAUCGUUUAUUCUAUUUCGAUAGCAUCUCCAUAAUUUCAAUUAAUUUUUAAGAAAAUUGUAACAAUUAUAAACAUAAUCAUUUCAUUAUAUAAUUAUUUCUGAUUUUCGCCUUCUAUUAUCGAAAUGAAAAUAAUUGUUGUAGAAUAUUUUUUUAUGCUAUUUUAUAGUAAAAAUUUAUAUUUAUAUUGACAUAUCCGACUAUGUGCAUUAUUUAAGUUGCGUUAUAAUGUAAAAAAGAAGCUGUACUCAAAGAUUACAAAUUGCACAAAGUUAAAAUUGAUAAAAUCUACUUAACUAACGAUUUUUACGUAACUCCAACGUACUUAUCGAUUGUAAAAUGUUAUUAAGAUAUUUAUUUGAAAAACAACGAUACAAUUAUAAAUGUGAUUAUUUCUAUAUACGUUGUGUCGUGAAAUGGUGAUGAUGUACAAAUAUUUAUAUUUAUGAAGGCGAAUAUAUAUUUUUUAUAUAUAUAUAUAUAU